ACUGCAGUCAGAUCCUGGGAAGAAACAGAGGUUCCUGCAGGUCCUCACAACAAAGAUGCUGCUGAGCCUGGUUGCUCUGCUCUCUUAUGCUCUGUUAGCCAACACAGCCCCUCCAACUUGCUACUCAAGAGUUCUGUCUCUGAGCAAAGAAAUCACAGAGUCCUUUAAGGAGCUACAGACCUCUAAAGCUGUGGACUCAUGUGUGACAAUGAUGCCCAGGCUGUACUUGGACAUACAUAAUUACUGUGUGCUGGCAAAGCUCCGUGAGUUUGUGGCCUACCCAAUGUGUGACAGAGUGCUUGAAGUGAGUGAGCUGAAGGAAAAGGCACGGAGCCUGUACACCAUCAUGAUCUCCUACUGCAGAAGGGACUUGGUGUUCCUCACCGAUGAUUGUAAUGCUCUGGAAAGUCCUAUUGUGCCUCACAUUGAGUCCUCCCUCACUGAGAGCUAAAAGGGAGUUAACCCCAAAAGUUGUACCUGAGAAAUUUUCAAGGAGACCAGGAGCCAAAAUACGUACACACAGCCAACUACAACUUAACAGCUAGUAUCUUUUUCAAGCACACUGGCAAUAUUAUCUCAGACUUAACCCAUUUUUCUCUGCCUUGGCAGGAAAUGAACUGCAUGCCUCACAUUCCCUAGCAGCUCAGUAGGUGACUCCAGUUAGAGAGCAUGUUUUCAUUUGGCAAGGUAUGAUAUUUCAGCUUAGCCAACUGUAUAAAGUAUGUUGUGUUUAAACAUUAGAUACUAAACUUUUUGUUAGUCUCUCAUGAAUAAGCAGAUUCACAUAAAGAAAAUAUGUUAUGAUUGAUAUUCUACCCCGAGUUAGCAGCUCUUCUUUUAGUUAAUGAGCAUAGAAGGGGCUGCAUUUGUUUUUCUUUGAAGUGUUUGAUAGGAGAAAUAGAACUGUACUGGCAGCUGUGUCUUUGCCUGUACAGUUCAUAUUUGUAUGCUGAUUGUUUUUGGUGUCUAACUUGCAAGAACUGAGGUGAAAGUAACCUGUCUCUGUGUGCAAACUAAAUAAAACCAACCUUCUAACCUAA